AUGGAGGCUGCGGUGGCGGUGGCGGUGGAGGACGAGAACAAUAGGAAGGUGUUCGUCGUGGUGCCGGCGGAGCGCAGGGCGGGGCGGUCGACGCUGUCGUGGGCUCUCGGCCAUCUCUGCGGCGGAGCCACAGCCACCACGGUCGUCGUCACGCACGUGCACGUCCCGCCGCAGAUGAUCCCCGUCAUGGGAGCCAAGUUCCAUGCCAGCAAGCUGAGCUCGGAGCAGGUGAGCUCCUUCAGACGGAUGGAGCGCGACAAGGCGGACAAGAUGCUGGACGACUACGUCCAUGAGUGCCGGAAAACCAAGGUGAGGUGUGAGAAGCUGGUGAUUGAGAAGGAGGAUGUCGCGUCCGGCCUCGUCGAGCUCAUUGGCUUGCGCGGGAUCACCGAGCUGGUGGUUUCGGCUGCCGCGGACCGGCAGUACUCCACAAAACUUGACAGGCCUACUUGCAGGACAGCAGCAGCGAUAAUGCAGAGAGCUGAUCCAUCGUGCAAGAUCUGGUUCGUCUGCAAGGAGCAGUUAAUCUGCACCAGGGAAGCGAAAGUAGAGAUUGCAUCAUCUGCUGUCACUGCACCGUUGCUCCCUAAUCCUGGCCAUGAAGUCCUUCGUUUGUCAACUCACCAGGAAGAGGAUGAUGAUGACAUUGAGGUUGAAUUGGGGUUCUAUGAUGAACUCACGGAGGCAUGCAGAGCAGCCGAGGACCUGAUGAACAGAGCUCUAAACGAAUCCCGCAGGCGCCACAAGGCAGACGAAGAAGUGGCCACAUCUCUCCUGAAAGCCAAAGAGCACGAGGAGCUGUACCUGGAGGAGGUGAAGAAGAGGGAGGAGCUCGAGGCAGCCCUGGCGAGAGCAGAGAAAGAAAUUUCAGAGCUACGACAGGCAAUCCAGCGGGACACGGUCGAGGAGGAAUCCGGGGAGGCGACGGCGACGAUGUCGGCCCCGGGACUGCAAAGCACGAGCAAGGAAGAACCGGAGGCGGUGCUCUGGCACUGCCAGUGCCAGUGUCAGAGGAAGCUGGCCGCCUCGUCGUCUCCGUCGUCGGUCAUCAUACCAUGGUCGCCUCGUGCCGACGAAGAUGGGUUCACCUGCGAAGCCGGCGUGGCCGGGUGCUGCUGGCUCGACGGGAUGCCGUCGCCCGAAGGCGUGGCCGUCGCCGGCGUCGCCCUACCGCUCGCGCGCCCCAGUUUUGCCCUCCGUGCCGCGGUCGAGGAAUACACGAGGCGGCAGCAGCAGCAGCAGCAGCGGUGCCCGUUUCCUUGA